AUGGAAAGACCUAUUGUACGUUAUGAAAAGAUUGACUUUCUGGGAGAGGGUCAGUUUGCUACAGUAUACAAGGCUAGAGAUAUUAAAACAGACAAAAUUGUGGCAGUCAAGAAAAUUAAAAUAGGUUCAAGACAGGAGGCACAAGAUGGAAUUAACAGAACUGCCCUUCGAGAAAUUAAAUUACUUCAAGAAUUACAACAUAUUAAUCUCAUCGGCUUAUUGGAUGUUUUUGGACACAAGUCAAAUGUAUCACUAGUGUUUGACUUUAUGGAUACAGAUUUAGAAAUGAUAGUUAAGGAUAAUACAAUCGUACUUACUCCUGGAAAUGUUAAGGCUUAUACCAUAAUGACUCUCAAAGGUCUAGAAUAUUUGCAUGAAAAUUGGAUAUUGCACAGAGAUUUGAAACCCAAUAAUCUGCUGAUUAAUCGAGAGGGCAUUUUGAAAAUUGGUGACUUCGGAUUAGCAAAAGCUUUUGGGUCGCCUACAAGAAUAAAUACACAUCAGGUUGUCACCCGAUGGUACAGAUCUCCUGAACUACUAUUUGGAGCCAGACAGUAUGGCACAGGAGUUGAUAUGUGGGCAGUUGGAUGCAUACUGGCUGAGCUGCUGUUACGAGUUCCUUUUCUUCCGGGUGAAACAGAUUUAGAUCAACUGUCUAAAAUAUUUUCCGUCUUUGGAACACCCACUGAGGAAACAUGGCCAGGUAUGAAAAACCUUACAGACUACGUUAAGUUCAAGCAUUUUCCGAGUCAAUCGCUGCGGCAUAUCUUCAGUGCGGCGUCUGAUGACCUCAUAGACUUAUUAGAGAGCCUCCUAGCUUUAUACCCUCCGCGUCGCUGUGAUUGCACGCAGGCUCUGCAGAUGCCUUACUUUAGUAACAAGCCGCCGCCAACAGUCGGGCCGAAACUCCCGAUGCCCUCAAACAUUACAAAACUAGAACAAGAAAAGCCGUCUUUGAAGAGAAAGUUGCUGGACAACAUCGACGGUGGUUCAUUAGCAAAAAAACUACAAUUUUAA